GGGCCGGGAGGAGCUUCUCCCUGGAGCGGGAGGGGGAUCCGCCGUGGAGUUACGGGAAAGUUGUUCCGAGUUCCUGGAGUUUCUCUGUGGUUCCCGGGGCUGGGCCGGCCGGCGCCCCGGAUCCUUUCCUCCCUCCGCGCUUCACCGAUCACCAGGUCCUUCCUUCUGCCCCCAGCCGCCAUGGAGCAGCCGCCAGCGCCUAAGAGUAAGCUAAAAAAGCUGAGUGAAGACAGUUUGACUAAGCAGCCCGAAGAAGUUUUUGAUGUAUUAGAAAAACUUGGGGAAGGGUCUUAUGGAAGUGUAUUUAAAGCCAUACAUAAGGAAUCUGGUCAAGUUGUGGCAAUUAAACAGGUACCUGUUGAGUCAGAUCUUCAGGAAAUAAUCAAAGAAAUUUCUAUAAUGCAGCAGUGUGACAGCCCGUAUGUUGUAAAGUACUAUGGCAGUUACUUUAAGAACACAGACCUCUGGAUUGUUAUGGAGUACUGUGGAGCUGGCUCUGUCUCGGACAUAAUCAGAUUACGAAACAAGACAUUAACAGAAGAUGAAAUUGCAACUAUUCUUAAAUCGACUUUGAAAGGACUAGAAUAUUUACAUUUUAUGAGAAAAAUCCACAGAGAUAUAAAAGCUGGAAAUAUUCUUCUCAAUACAGAAGGACAUGCAAAAUUGGCAGAUUUUGGUGUGGCUGGUCAGUUAACAGACACAAUGGCAAAACGCAACACCGUGAUAGGAACUCCGUUUUGGAUGGCUCCUGAGGUCAUUCAAGAAAUAGGCUACAACUGUGUGGCCGACAUCUGGUCCCUGGGCAUUACUUCUAUAGAGAUGGCGGAAGGAAAACCUCCUUAUGCUGAUAUUCAUCCAAUGAGGGCUAUUUUUAUGAUUCCCACAAAUCCACCACCAACAUUCAGGAAGCCAGAACUCUGGUCUGAUGAUUUCACCGAUUUUGUUAAAAAGUGCCUAGUGAAGAAUCCUGAGCAGAGAGCUACCGCAACACAACUUUUACAGCAUCCUUUUAUCAAGAAUGCAAAACCUGUAUCAAUUUUAAGAGACCUGAUUGCGGAAGCGAUGGAGAUCAAAGCAAAAAGACAUGAAGAACAGCAACGAGAAUUGGAAGAGGAGGAAGAAAAUUCGGACGAAGAUGAACUGGAUUCCCAUACCAUGGUGAAGACGAGCUCGGAAAGUGUGGGCACGAUGCGGGCCACGAGCACGAUGAGCGAAGGGGCCCAGACCAUGAUCGAACACAACAGCACAAUGUUAGAGUCCGACCUGGGGACCAUGGUGAUAAACAGCGAGGAUGAAGAAGAAGAAGAUGGAACUAUGAAAAGAAAUGCAACGUCCCCACAAGUACAAAGACCGUCUUUCAUGGACUACUUUGAUAAGCAGGACUUCAAGAAUAAGAGUCAUGAAAACUGUAAUCAGAACAUGCAUGAACCCUUCCCCAUGUCCAAAAAUGUUUUUCCUGACAACUGGAAAGUUCCUCAAGAUGGAGACUUCGACUUUUUGAAAAAUCUAAGUUUAGAAGAACUACAGAUGCGGCUAAAAGCUCUGGACCCCAUGAUGGAACGAGAAAUAGAAGAGCUUCGUCAAAGGUACACUGCAAAGAGGCAGCCUAUUCUGGACGCAAUGGAUGCAAAGAAAAGAAGGCAGCAAAACUUUUGAGUCUAACUUCUUCUCUCUUUGUUUCUAUAACUAUUCUGGAGACCAAGAAACCACUAAGAAUUGAAGGGAUAGUGUGUGUUGUUUUUUUUUUAAUCCCUAAGAUUUGUGCUCUACAACUAGGCAGUAGUCAACAAGUGAUUAGUACAUACCCAGGUAAAUUCCCAAAAGGCACAAGUUACAAGUGUAUCUAUUAUGUUUUCAUUUUCAAAUGAUGAAAACAGCAGACAUGUAUUUUCUAUAACUGUCAGCUGCGUACCAACACCAUAACCAUGUGAUGAAAUGAAAGCUGUGUUUAGAGAUUUUCAAAAUCCAAAGCUGUUGUUUAAUUGUACAGCACUGAAGGGCUUUAUGUUACAAUAUUCUUUAUUCUCCUCUAGUAGCCUAUUUAUUAUAUCCCAUUUGGUAAACUUAUUUAUUUAUGCCAUUUCACUUUGUUUUGUUUUUUUAAAAACAGGAUCAGCAUAGCUUUGGUGAAGGUCAGGAUACAGUAAUAGGUAAUAAUGUUCAGCCAAAUUAUACUUUAAGCAGAGAGCUGUGGGGUGCACUCCUUGAUUUCCAGGACAGUUUUCCAAUAGAAGCAAAGCAACAAUAGCAGUGGUGCCCACAUGGGCCAGGCAUUUUUUAUACUGAAGCAUUAAUUCCAUUUUUUACCUCCUGAAAUUUUAACUUUUUAAUUCUUGAUGUUUGGUACAAAUAGAGCUAUAUAUAUUUAGUCAGACGGAACUGUACUGUUUAAUACCAAAGAAAUCAAUGGGACCCUUGCACAAAAGAAAGAUAUGGUAAAUAUUUUUAAAGAAAUAAAUCCUUAAGACAAAUGUAAUUUCUUAGUAUUGUUUUGCAUUUCAUAUGUAGGUUUUAUAACUGAACUGUGUGAAACUCUAAUAAGCUCAUCAGAUUUAUUUCUGUGAAUGUGUAUUCAAUUGUCAUGGAACAUUUUUGUUGAUUCUUUUUAUUUCCUGGGAAUUGGUAAACAUCAUGUGCCUGAUAAUAACAAAGUAGAAAAACCAUUUGCAUCAAACUGUGCAAGCCUUGGGAACUGAAAAAAAGAUUAAAAUCAUCAUAAAGAAACGCAUUUCCAAGCUGAAUCUACAUUUGUGUGAUUGAACUGGGACCAGUCAUUUUCUGAGCGACAUCUGGCCAUCUAGACAGUGUUUGUCCUUUUGUAUAAAUCAUAAAGACAAAUAAAUUUUACUGUGACACCCAGCA